GGAAUACGUUAAUUUCCUUAGAGCAAAAUUAACUUAUCACAGACAUCAUCCAGAAUUUAAUGGGAAUUUUGAUUAUGAGGAUUACAUUAGUUUGAAAAAUGUAGAUGAUCCUAAUGAAGGAUACGAAACGAUUAGUGAAUUGAUGACUUUACAAGAUCAAAUUGAUCAAUUUCAAAAAUUAGUUUUUGCUCAUUUUCGUCAAUCAUCGAACAACGAAUGCCGUAUUGCUGCGCUCGUACCAUUAGUUGAAGAGAGUCAUGCCAUAUACAAAUUUUUGACUAAUAUGCUUCGAGCUAUGCAUCGUCGUACAGAGGCUAUCGAUGCUUUAACUCCGCUUAGAACUCGAUAUAAUGCUCAGCAUUAUGGUCUAAUUAAAUUUUACUAUGAGUGUUCUAAUUUAAAAUAUUUGACAAGUUUAAUUACUGUUCCUAAAUUACCUCAGGACCCACCAAGUUUGAUUGAUAGCGGUUCUUCGACUAAACAUCUUCAAACAAAAUCAUCUGCAUCGUCUUCAUUUUCAGAUCCAGAACCUAUAACAGAGUUCUGGAAAGAAAAUGAAGCUCAAAAACAACAAGAGCUAGAACGGCAGAGAUUACAGUAUGAAGAACAGCAGAAGCAACUUGCGCAGAAGCGUGAAAUGGAACUUCAAUCUCAGCGCAUGAUGGAGCUUCAAAGACAAAGAGAAUUGGAGGAACAGCAACGAAUACAACAAGAGCGAGAAAGAUUAGCUAGAGAACAAUUAAUGAGAGAACAAAUGCAAAGGCAUGCAGAGGGUAGAGUAGCUGAAUUGGAAAGGGAAUUGUUAAAUAUGAAGAAUAAUUUUGAACGUGGUCAAAUGAUGCUGGAACAGUAUGACAGGAGAGUUAAAGGUCUUGAAAAUGAAAUGAGCCAGCUUAAUCUUCAUGCGCAACAACAAAUUAAAUCUAAAGAUGAAAUGUUAAAGAACUUACAAGAUCAAUUAUUAAUGUGGAGAAAUAAAUAUGAAGCUUUGGCAAAGUUAUAUUCUCAACUCCGUCAAGAGCAUCUUGAAUUAAUCAAUAAGUUUAAGAAUGCGCAACUCAAAGCAAAUUCAGCGCAAGAGGCCAUUGACAAAAUGGAGAGAAUGGAAAGGGACAUGCGUGCUAAAAAUUUGGAAUUAGCUGACAUGAUAAGAGAGCGAGACCGUUCUCGACAUGAAUUGGAUAGGCUAAAGAGUAGCCAACGUGAAGAUUUAGAAAGAGCUAAGCGAGAUCUUAACGAGGCUAAUUCUCGAGUCGAAGAACUGUCCAGAUCAAAGAAUAACGAAAUUAGCUCAUUAAUGUCCAGAUUUAAUAAGGAGAAACAAGAAUUGGAAGAUUCACUAAGGUCUAAACAAUCAUUUGUGGAUGAUUUAUUGAGGCAAUUAGAAGAAAAGAAAAACGAUAUUGAACGCGUCGCUCAGGAAAAAGAUGAUGAAAUAGCAAUCAUGCAAUCAGCUGUGGAUCAAAGUAUGACAUUAGUAGCACAAAUGCAACAGUCAACAACAGAAGCUGAAAGAUAUCAGGCUAGAAUUGAUAAUUUAUUGUUUGAUCAUCUUAAAGACUUGAAUGAAAUUCUAGAUAGUAUAUUUCAAACAUGUAUACAAAAGAUUGAUGAUAGUCUUUACGAGCUGGAGUCACCAAUGCAAACCGGCAAUCAAAAUGCUACACCAGAGUACACAUUAUCAAUGAUUGAAAAGGCAACAACAGAAUGCUCUGAAUUUUCUUACGCCUUUCAAAAGUUUUUGAAAAGCAGCAGAACAAACAAUCAUACCGAAGUAAUUAAAAGUGCAACUAAUUUCUCACAAGCAAUUGCGGAUGUAUUGGUGAAUGCGAAGGGUAUUACGCGCUUAGCCGAUGAAGAUGAUGAAAUAUCGGAAGAAAUUGUUGGAAUAGCCAAAAUAGCUGCAAAUAUGUCUCAGAAGUUCUUGUUGAAUGUUCAAUCCUUCAAACUUGACGAUUUAUCUCUUUCAAAAAGGACUGAUAUAGUUUUACAGAGCGAUAUGGAUGUUCAGACGGCUUUGCAAAAAUUGUCCAAAGUAACCGAAGGUCUAUUAAGACAUACUUUGGACGUUACUAAAAAGGCUGAUGGCGAAAUAGGUAACCUUGUUGAACAAGAGAUGUUACACGCUGCUCAAGUUAUUAAAGCGGCUAUGGAAAGGAUUCAAACUUUAAUGUCACGACCUCGUGACUUAGGACUUAGUGCACAUGAAUUAAACGUUCAUGAUGCAAUUUUGGAAUCUGCAUUGGCAGUAACGAAUGCAAUUGCCAAUCUAAUAAAGUGUGCCACUGAUUCACAAGAAGAAAUUGUCGCACAAGGCCGUGGAACAAGUAGUCAUGCCGCUUUUUACAAAAAGAAUAAUAGGUGGACAGAAGGUCUUAUAUCAGCUGCCAAAGCAAUUGCAUUAGCUACUAACCUUCUCAUAGAGACUGCGGAUGGUGUUAUUCAUAAAACUCAUAAUCUUGAACAACUUAUUGUAGCCUCUAAUGAAGUAGCAGCAGCUACGGCCCAACUUGUCGCUGCUUCUAGAGUUAAAGCCGACUUUAUGUCAAAGACACAAGAUCGCCUAGAAACGGCUUCUAAAGCAGUUACGGAAGCAUGUAAAGCUCUUGUUAAAGCCGUGAAAACUAUUGCCGCUAAACAGUUUGAACAGAAUGAAGCUGCAAUUGAUUAUUCCAAAUUAACACGACAUGAAUAUAAGGUUACUGAGAUGGAACAGCAAGUAGAAAUCUUGAAACUUGAAAAAGAAUUAACCAAUGCUAGAAGAAAAUUGGCUGAAAUUAGGAAGCAUGGUUACCAUGAUGAAGAUGAUGAGGACUAG